AUGUUGGUUGCCUCGCCGUGCAAAAAUCCUUCGCUGUCCAUCUUUGAAAGUUGCUCCCUAUCGCGCUUACCACUAGCUGUGGGGGCUCACUUGAUUCCAGAGGCCCCUGCUUCACUUGAGCAGGGGUUACAAUUAGUGCCGAUACGCAGCGAUGCAAAAUCGAGAAGAUGCAGGCCCCUCCUGUGCCUCUCUAUGGUAGAAAGCGGUGCGAACUCAAGAUAUCUGCGGUCGCGCUAUGCAUUCAAAAAGCGUGAAAAUCGAGGUGUUAGCCGCCUAGGCGUUGUAGAAUUCCUGCGCGCGGAGCUUCGCGCAAGUACUACUGCGAAGGGAGUUCUCAGCAAUUAUCGAGCUCCAGCUACUAGCGGGCAUGGCCCCCCAGACGGGCCCCUUCAAGCUUCGAGCGCUCGCGCUCAGCACCUUGCCUGCGCCGAUGCAGCACCCCCUCUCCCAAGGGGGCCCCCAGUCCAACUCCUUGGCAGGGAGAAGUGUCAGCGGCCAGCAGCAGCGGCAGAUAGUGAAGAACACCCUGAGCAAGCCUUGUUGUCGCGUCUCGGUGCAGACAUGCGUCACCAGUUAUGGGCCUUUCACCUGCUGCUGGGGGGCCCUCCAGAAGAUGGGUCUGCCUUCCCUGCGCCUCCAGCAGGGGGCGUCCAGACUGCGCCUCCUUCCUUCAUGUGCCUGCUCUCUGACGUGGCAGCGCAUGCAUUCCUCGCAUCCCCGUCUUGCUGCUCCCUGCUCUGCAUGCAUCCGCCACGGCGGCCUCCUUCAGAGGGCCGCCUUCAAGUGGACGCUGCAGUUUCAGACCCUCCUGCUCGAGAGACACUGCAGCCGCUGCAGCAACAACGAGGGAGCAGUGCUCCCUCGUUCGGGCACGAUCCUGCAGCAGCAGCAGCCGCCGCUGCCAGUGCAGGCUUGCAGCAGGAAGGCCCCCUCGGGGAGGCCCUUUUGCAGUCAGUGGUACUGCAACUGCUGCAGUUGGACGGGUUGGGUAGGGGCCUCAAAGACGAGCGGUCGGGGGAGACGGCACUCGGGGGCCCUCUCAGUAGAUCCUUCGGAGGGCUUGCUGAUAUCGGCACCUCGCGAGCUUGUCUUUUCCAGUCGCUUUUGCUUCUGCUGCUGGGAGCUGCGUAUCUGGCCUUCUUAACGCAGCUAGAAGGUUCUCACGGGCCGCAUCGAACUCUAAAGGCCCCCCUCCUGCAGCAGCAAAUGCAACCUCAUUCCGAGAAACACCCUAAUGAACCCCCAGGAUGGAGCCAGGAGGACCAACAAGAGGCACACCCAAGGCGCGAGCGAGACUGCCCCUCCUUCGGCGAAUUCGUAUCUUCCUUAGGUGCUCAGGUAGCCAGCGGCCUCCAAAUCUUGCAGUCUACUCAGCAGUCAGCACCAGCGAAUCCUCCCCCAGGCGCUUCGGCUGAAACAAGCGUAGCAGAAGCCUCUUUUCCUGAGGGCAGCUCCUCGGAUUUCAUGGAUAGCAGGGGCGUUGCAGCGUUACUCCGCCUGCGGCGACCUCUCUGGACGGGACCUGACGCUUCCUUUCUGUUGUCAGCUACCUUAGCGCUGCAAAAUCUGUUGCUGCAGUGCAGCAACGCAGUCCUGCAAGUCUCCCUCUGCCUUCAACCAAACGCUGUACGAGCGCAGUGUACUGGUGCUGCUGCUGUUGCU